CUCAACGACUGCAACUCGCCAACUCCUCCGUUUCCUCCUCAAGGAGUCAAGUCACAACUACAACAUCUUGUAACAAUUCAAAUGGGUAUUGGUCUGAGGCCAAAAUUGAAGUAGCAUUUUGAGUUGUUUUUGGAGGUACAAGAGGACUUGUGGUGAGUUGUGGAAGUCUCAUGGAGCAACCUGCCACUCCUAGGAAGGAUUCUGGUAGGAGCAACGGGUUUAGUGGCGGGGUGAUGCAAGUUGCAACUAGUCUCAUUGAACUAGGAGUCUAGGACAAUUUGGGUGGUCAUAACAUAAGCUGGGGGUUGAGGGAUAGUCCUGUAGAGAAGAUAAAAAGAUUAGAACACAGAAGGGGAAGCAAAAAUGGAGCAGAAUGACAAAGAACACAAGGAAAAUCCAUGCAGUACUCAACCUGGAAACCUUGUUAUAGCCACUGGUGAUGAUAACCUAAAGGACAUCUUUCACCAAAUCAGCACUUCUAAAACCCCAGCCGUUAUUAACUAUGGCGCAACUUGGUGUGGUGUUUGCAGCCAGAUGCUUCCCGCAUUCUAUGAGUUGAGUAACAAGUUCUCUAAACUCUCGUUCGUGUAUGCUGAUAUCGACGCUUGUCCAGAGACUACUCUGAACAUCCGGUACACGCCAACUUUUCAUUUCUAUCGAGAUGGCGAGAGGGUUGAUGAGAUGUUCGGUGCAGGAGAAGAGAGACUGCAUGACAGGCUGUGGUUGCACUCUUAGUGGGAAAGCAGUGUGUCAUUCAAUGUUAUAAAAACAUCAUACAUGUACUAUUGCUGUUAUCAACUACUGUAAUCCGCCAUGUUUUUUCUUGGCAAAUGGCUGAUAAUGGACCAAGUUAGUUGGGUUAACACUAUUUUGAUCGAUAGUA